ACUAAAUUAUACGGCUACGCUUCAGUUUGUUGACGUUGGUCAAAAGUGCGCAACGUGUUCUAUCGCUUGGCGGGGGCAGCGAGCGAGUGUGUGUGUGAGAGAGCGAGAGAGAUAAAGUGGGACUUGGUAAAUCAUUUGUUUAUUUUCGAUUCCAAGGCGGUGGCCCCACGCUUUAACCGUGUGAAAGUGCAGCUUGAUUAAAUUGACGCUAAUAGCAGUAAUUUACCGCCAUAAUCCAAACAAUGAAUGAUUUUGGGAAGUUUGCAAAAACACAUGGCCCGAAGCUAGCACCCUUUGUGGUUUCGCUGAUACUGUACUUCUCGCUGGUGCGCCGGGAUCCCCAAGGAGAGCUAUGGACCACAGUGCUCAAGUGCUUGCCCAUUGUGGCCUUGAUGUUUUAUGUGGUGGUUAAGGGAUUCUCCCUUAAAAAAGACUACCGCCGAUCGCUGUGGAUAAUUCUGGGCCUGGUCUUUUCCUGCGGUGGCGAUGCCCUGCUCAACGUCAAUCUCUUUCCCUUUGGAAUGGUCAGCUUCGGGGUGGCCCAUGUGUUCUACAUCUGCGCUUUUGGCUGGAAGCCACUCAAGUGGGCCAUUGGCUUGGCUCUCUAUGUGGCCGUGUCGCUGUUUGUGUACUUUGUGCACGAUAAACUGGACGAGAUACUCAUCAUUGGAGUCCCCAUCUACUGUUUCCUGAUCAUCACCAUGCUGUGGCGUGCCAUCGCACGGGCUGUGGAUGCCAAGAAUUUCUUAACCAUUUUCUGCGCCGUGGGAGCCGUUCUGUUUGUCGUUUCCGAUGCCCUGAUCGCCGUCACCAUGUUCGUGGGCGUGCCCCUACCCUGUCCCCGCCUGCAGAUCAUGAUCACGUACUACGCGGCACAGUUCGCUAUUGCGCUGAGCACUGCGGAUGAUGGGCCGCAGUCCUUUCGGUCCUUUCGCAGGAAAAUCAAGUAGUAGCAGCCCACAAUUCUUCACGGAGGAUGGGAACCCGUGAACCACAACGCAACCACCAAACUUAGUACUUCCAACAUAUUGCUAGAGAAAUGCCAUUUAUGAACGUGUGCUUCCUCCGCAUCCCUGUAGUUUAGUGUAAGCCAAAUAUUUUGAUUGAGUUGGAUGCGGAGGAAUCGGAUCUUCGUAGAGUUAGUAGAUGUUUCUUGACUUUAUUAAAUAAUGCAAAUACAA